ACUGUCACUCUUAAAAUAUGCCCAUUGGGUUACAUCUGAAUCAAUCAAGCCUACACAUUUGAACUGUUUCCCAGAUGCAUGUUGCGCAAUUCCUUCCCUGCAGCCACAGACACAUUUUGACAUGUUUAUUUCUCCACAGCAGCCUGAGCGUAGUUUCGUCUGAUCUGUUGACGGAUAGUUUUGCACUUCCUAUGAGCAUUAGAGUCCAGAUCAGGGCGCAGCCAUGACUGAGAAAAGCUUCUGUGCGUGGAAAGCCCUGCUGUUGGGGAUGUGCGUGCUGCUGCUGGGCAGCGCCGGUUGGAUUUUCCUGCUGCUUCAACACUCGGAGCUGGUAAAGGAGCUGGCCAGGCUGCAGUCCCAAGUGCAGGAGCUGUCACGGAGCUGCAAGCUGCGAGAUGCAAUUGAAACUGGAGAGCUGGGAGAACUUAAGAAGCUCCACCGCAGCAGGAGGGAUCAGGCGGAUGAAGACCAGGACAUGCUGAUGCUGAUGACAUACUCCAUGAUCCCAACGAAGGCCCUCGUAGAUCUGUGCAACAACUCCAAAGGACUUUGCAUAACAGGUCCAGCUGGGCCUCCUGGAAGACGCGGCCCACCUGGACCGAGGGGUGAAGUUGGCCCAAUGGGCAGAAGAGGGAAAAAAGGUCCCCCUGGUGAACCGUGCCGGGCCUGCUGUGUCACUGAAGUGAAAAACCAGACCAACAGGCAGAGAAUUCAUCAGAACAACUUCUCCAUGGGAACGCCACCAGCUGACGACUCCAGAUCCACUUUAAACGUUACCGAUGGUAACAAGCUUCUGGACACAAAUACAACAGCUGAGCCCGUAUCUUUGCGUCCAAACUUCAGUCGUGUCUCACUGAUCGACACCACAGGAGAGAAUUUCACACAAGCUCCUCAUGAAUUAUCUUUGACUUAUUCUCCCACAAUGCAACCAACUGUGGACUCAAGGGACAGCAGUGGUGUCUUUGGUGAAGACGGAACCGCAACGAACAGCACUUCAACCACAGAGAUGGUUUCUCCUCAUCCAGACAUCAGAUAUGAAACCUGGAGUGAAAGAAGUUCAGAAGAUAGAACUGAACCAUCAGCUCCAGUGUUAACAGCGCCGCCAGCACUAAAUAUAACAGAGGAAACCCUCAACACGACCGCCUUUGAGAACCUUCAACUCUCAGAUUUUGAUAAUGACUUGCAUGAACCUCAACCAACUGAAAACACAACAAAUGUUGAGAAUUUCCCCGACUCAGAGAGGAAUCCAGACCCAAACCUCAAAUCUGGGAAACCGCCCUUUUACCAAAACACCACCUUACAUGACUCAUCCAGGAAUGUGACAGAAGGACCGUUUCAUUUAUUACAUUUAGAUUCAAAGGACUCAAACCAAAGCGGCGACUCUAUAAACAGUAGUGGAGCUGCUGAUAAAGCAAACAUGGAAAGUGAGUGGUCCACAUUACAUUUAGCUGAGAACACUACCGAUGAUUUUAAUGUUACGGACUCCAACAAUCUUUUGACUGCAACCACAAAACCUGAUCAAGUGAUAUUUUACCAAGGAGAAAACUAUGAGUCCUUGAACGUUUCUGGUGUAGAACAUGCUACAGAGGUUCCUGCAAAUAUGCUAACAGAGUCUCUUGACGAAGACCAAAGGACUGAUCAUUCACAUGGCAGCAACUUCAACACAACAACGACCGACAAAAGGCAGACAAACAGACAAGUGGAAACGGCUUCAGUUUUGUUUCAAGACAACAACUACUUCAAUCAGACCUUCAGUGACAUCCAAGAAAAGAGUUCAACAGAUUCACCAACAACUUUUCCGACAAAUGUGGAUCAAAGGAAAGAUGCAUUAAAUGACAGCGGAGACAUUGAAGACAAACCAGUACAAACCAACUCCUCACAUCAUCUCCUGACUUACAGCAAGACAGGAGAUACCAACAUUGAAAAAUGGCCAAAAACAGAAUGUAAAAUUAAAACUAUCAAAUGUUCCGAGCGGUCCAUCAAAAUGGAAGGCACAUAUGGAGCGUGGAUGUUUGAUGCAUCGCGGCGGGAUCAUCAGGGGCCGUUCUGGGUGGCCGAGCAUUUUUCAGGUCCGAGAUUACUGGAGUUCCAAAACAUUUCCUCCUUUCAUGAUGCAGACAACAGAACGAUACAAGUUUGGAAGUUCUACCAGGGCUGUGGUCAUGUUAUUUAUGAGGGUGCAUUUUAUUAUCAAAUUGGAGGAACUAAUAAACUUGUAAAGUUUGAUUUAAACACAUACAGAACAGCCACUCUGACCAUCGAACACAGCAGAUAUAACAGCCUGGCUUACCUCUUCAAAAACUCAAAGACGUAUUUCAAGUUUGCUGUGGAUGAAAAUGGAUUGUGGGUCAUCUUUGCCUCCGACGCAGAUGACAACAUGAUGGUGGCAAAGCUCAAGUCGGAUUCAUUCUCAGUGGAGCGCAUCAUUAACACCUCCUACCCUACAGCCAAAGCAGGAAAUGCGUUCAUCGUCUGUGGGGUUCUGUAUUUUACUGAUGACAAUGACAAACAAGUGACUUACGCUUUUGAUUUGAAGACAGAGGCUUCACCGAGUAUACAUUUGGACUUAAGGCCAGGUCAUGGUACCUUAGCGAUGCUGUCCUACUAUCCCAAGAAAAGUCUUUUGUACUUGUGGGACAACAAAGGUAUAACAACCUGUCGAGUUAAAUUCAAACAGAACUAGAAAAAUAUUGACUGACAAACCAUAAAGAUUUCCAGAAAAGUGUGGCAUCUUGUAAAAAAUCAACUUUGUAAAAAAAAAACAACAAAAAAAAAACACUGGAGACGGUUGUAAGUAACUUUUUUUGUGUGUAUAUGACAUAUCUGACCUAAAGUUAUUGAACAUUUUUUCUGAUAUAAACCUUAUCAAAACCAGAACAUCAUAUAAGUUGCAAAGCAUGACCUGAUCUACUAUUGAUUGUUAGAAACAUCUCUUCACAGCAUUGCUCAAUCUGCAAAGGUGUGCUUUCGGUCUGAACAAAAGAUGGGCUAUUUAUAUAAAGAUUUGCAAUAACAUUAUCAAUAAACAAGUACCUUUUGGAUACAUGAUGUAUGCAAACAAGAACAUUAAAAUAAUUUUUGCACUU